AUGAGUGACAAUGACCUAAAAACUCACCCGUUGGUCAUUCUGGUGUCUGAUAAUGGAGAACCUUCUCUGUCUGCGACUGUGUCUAUUGAUGUUGUGGUCGUUGAAAGUACAGGUGACAUGAAGACAACUUUCAGACAACUGCCUGUAAAGGAGGAGAGUUUCUCAGAUUUAAAUCUGUAUCUGCUCAUCGCCAUUGUGUCAGUAUCAGUGAUAUUUAUACUGAGCCUCAUCAGUUUAAUAGUUGUACAAUGCCACAGGACAGACGGCAGUUUCAGCAGGUGCGGCGCCCCAAUGAUCACCACACACCCUGACGGGAGCUGGUCUUACUCCAAAUCUACUCAGCAGUAUGACGUGUGUUUUAGCUCUGACACACCUGCUGAUGGUGAACUGAUCAGUAUUAAUGGAGGCGACACUUUUCAAAGGACACAGACGCUUACCAACACAGAUAAGGUAAGAAGAUACUGUACCUUUAUUUUGUCUAAUUCUAUAUUAGCCUAUUCUAUAUUUUUCUACUAAUGGUGUUUUGAAAGAGUUUAAUUAACAUUUCGAUAGACAAUGUGGUUGUUGUGUUGUGGUUGUCUGUCUUUGUAUAUUCCACUUAAUUUGUACAUUAGAGGGCACUGUAUGUCGGGUCAUGGGUCACUGGUCACUUGUAGGCUAUAUAUGCAGACAGGUGACCAGUAAGUAUGGAUGUAGGCAUGGAGAGCAUACUACUGUGCUCAUCUUUUACACCUUGGAGCUAUUGAAUGCGCCUACAGUAGUUAUAUUUGCCUGUAAGGAUUAUUGGUAUGUUUAUAUCUUUACUGCUAAUUAAUGGGCAAAUGAUCCAACCAAAGAUCCAAUUUUGGAAAGUGGUUUGUUUUGCACGUGUAUAUGAACUUUUGCAAUCCCACCUGUGCCAGAGUGGCUAUCCGGAACUAUUGACUGGGUCAACAGGGGUCUUCCGCGAAAUGACUCCCUUUUCGGUAGUGUAACUUGGUGAAAAAACACUAUUUAUUUCACAUAUUGUUAACAAUCUGUGAUAAAGAGCACAUGGUCAACUUCAUAAAGAAACACGUUUUCCCAUCUCAAGACAAUAAAAUAAAAUAAAAAAAGACUAGUAAGUGCCUGUUAAGUGCCAAAUAAAGUAACAGGGUUGGCGAUUUCAAUUUAAAUCAGCCAUAAAUCCCCUUGGACAGGGGGAAUGGAAGCUUGUUGUGUGCAUCAGGGAGGGGCAAUUGAAUGCAAGCUUCACAAAAAUAUUGAAAUUGUUGAAACAUUUCUAACCUGUCUAUCUGUGGGUAACGGGCUUGACGUGUUAUGCGCGACCCGCUCAGUUUUCCACCACAAAACACCAGAAAAUGGGCAAAAAGAGUAGAACCAACUCACCUGCUUUUACACCAGGAUUUUACUAUAAAUGUUCAAUGUUUCUUUUGAAAAUAUUAUUUAACCCUCAUACUACCGACUGGGGUCCUUUUGACCCCAGAGGCAUAUUUUUUAUCAUAGCCCAAAGGUGGUUUAUUCAAUUCUUCAAAAUGUUCAUGACUUUGUCAAUAAACUUUUUCUUAAUACAUCUAAAUAAGUGUUUAGUGUUUCUGUAUCAAUAUGACCCCAGCCAAAAACAACUAAUUCUGCCUAUAGGAAUUUGAUAGAUGGAUCUUUAUUUGAAUCCAGGUUUCUCUGGAGACAUAAUUUUAAGUUAUACACAUCAUCAGAGGGUGGAGGGGGACCUGUAUCAGUGAUUUUGACCAGAUAGACAGAUCAUCUGAAGAGAUAUAGCUCCCCAUGUAUUUGCCUACAAUUGUACUUUUUUAUACCACGUAUGACCGUGUGCAAAACCAAAAUUACCUUAUUUUUGUGCAUAUAAAAAUCUGCCAAUGGUAUAAAAAGUCUGCCAAUGGUAUAAAUACUUGAUAAAACUGCAAUACAGAACUCAGAUACACUCUGAAUCUACACAGAAAGCUGAAUGGGGCUGCAGGUAGCCUAAUGGCUAAGAGCGUUGGGUCAGUAACCAAAAGGUUGCUGGUUUGAAUCCCAGAGCCGACUAGGUGAGAAAUCAGUCAACAUACCAUUGAGCAAGGCACUUAACCUCAAUUGCUCCUUUAAGUCGCUCUGCAUAAGAGUGUCUACUAAAAUGUAUUGGUGUGUAUUCCCUGAAAAUUUGUUAUUCUAGGGCUAAUCUAAAAAAGUAUUUAUUUGAAUCCAGGUUUCUCUGGAGACAUAAUAUUAAGUUAUACACAUCAUGAGAGGGUGGAGGGGGACCUGUAUCGGUGAUUUUGACCAGACAGAUCCCCUGCAGAGAUGGAACACCUUAUGUACUCGGCUAUGGUUAUAACUGGUUAUAGUUAUAACUAGGUAUGACCGUGUACACAAUUACGUUACAUAUAUGCUUAGUUGCUGUCAAAACAGCUCAUUAAAGUCUGUCAGUGUUAUGAAUACUUGGUAGAACUGUAAUGCAGAAAUCCACUACCUUCUAAAUGUACACAUAGUGCAAAAUUGGUGUGUAUUCUACAAAAAUAGUUAUUCUACAAGAAAUGUUAUAUAAAUACCAGAGUUCCUUUAAUAUCCUACAAUAUUAUGUAUGUGGAACUUUUUAUGGCAUUUGGGUUGCUAUACCAUUUAGUUUGAAGUGACUUUGAGGAUUUGGGCAUGCUUUUUGAAGAGUCCUGCCAUAGGCCCUACCAUUCCUAUUGUUUCACUAGCAGCAAUGCUAAUGCUGGCUGUGGGUAAGUAAAUAAAGAAAACUAAGCCAUAUUUUUGGUCCUUGUCUCUUAGAAUCAAUGGAUGAAUCACUUUUUGUCAAUAAAAUGAAGUAUAUUUGAAAUUUUGGUGUACCGCCCCUUUAAAUGGCAGUCGUUUUACUACAUUAAUUAGUAUUUAUUUCAAAAUUCUAAAAACGAAAUGAUACUAUAAUCAAAUGAUGGUAAAUCAGCUUUUUAGUAGUUAUGUGGAUUGGACUGUACUUCGGAAAAAAGCUGCACAUUAUGAAACAUUUUGUGUUACAAAAUACUGUAACUGUAAUUUUGCUAAAAUAACAGUAUUAUUAUUAUUUAUUUUUUGAUAACUUUAUUUACACGUCUAAUGAUGUUUUGAUAAGAAUUAAGUUUAUAUUUGGCUAUGACUGUUGCUUUUUUUUCAAUAUCAAAAUUACCCCAGUUGGUAAUCCAUGUAUGUAAAAAUAUGUUGGUAGCAUGUGGGUUAAGAAAUUAUAGUUUCACCAUAUUAAAAUGCGAGUUCAGUUCACGUAACAGGGUUGACCUUAAAAUGAGAGACAGGUUUAUUUCUCCAUAAACUGAAUCAGUAAUCACAUUAAAUAAAUAAUAAUCUCCAGAAAUGACUUUGUCAAAGCAACAAAAUAACGUGUGCUUUACAAUGAUGGUGAAUAUUUUGAGGAACUUUGGGGCUUAAGUGGGUUAAAAUCUUCCUAGACGUCACAGAGGAUACACAGAGGGACAUGCCAAAAUGCCGAAUUUUGGCACUUUAGCAAGUCUUUAUUCAUAUUAAAAUCAGAUUGAUUUACAUGUGGUCUAUAUUAAAGGAAACUUCAUUUAAUAUAACAGCCUUUUAAAAUGUAAUAUUGGUGCACAAUUUCUACUUAAAAUAUCAAAGGGAUUAAAAAAGGAACUCAUUUCGUGGAAAGACCGCGUUGUAAAUAUAAUUUUCACAUUGAAGUGUUGUUUUUCUUUCUCUUCAGCAAUGGGCUGACUAUUUUCAUGUUUCCACGCUGGGAGACGCUGUUGACCACGAUAGAAAUGCACCUGAUUUAGAAAGCCCGGGAUCCUCCUAUCCUUUUCUACAGGGUGUGUAGAUGUAGGCUAGCAUAUCAGUUAGGCUUUGUUGAAGAACACAUUGGAAUACUUUGCGGCACACUGUCGCGGAUUUUUAGUCGUAGGCCUACCUAGUUUUCAAUUUGAUCAAUUUUGGAUGAAUCUGGAUUACAGUGUCAAGGAACUGAGCAGCGAUGGAUUUGUGUGACCGUAUGAUACGUGUUUGGAUACAGUGUUUUGUAUUGCUUUGUUCAUGGGGAUUGUCUUCAGGACAGAUCGUCUACAAGGUGUCAGAGGAGGUGGAUAAAGGCACAGUUGUUGGAAAUAUAGCCAAAGAUCUCAAUCUAAAUGUGCAAGAUCUGGAAUUGAGAGGAAUUGAGAUUGUAACUGGAUCGAAUAAGAGGUAUUGUGACGUAAACAGGAAGUCUGGGCUUCUGUUUGUCAAUGAAGGAAUCGACAGGGAGAUGCUGUGUCAAAAUUCAGUCAAAUGUUUUGUAGACGUUGAAGCCAUUUUGAAAGAUCCAACACAUCUCCACCGCAUAAUGAAUAUUUUAGAUAUAAACGACAAUGCACCAUCAUUCUGAGAGCCAGUUCAUAUUUUUAAUAUUACUGAGUAUGCCUCUCCAGGAGAGAGAUUUUCUCUGCCUGAAGCCCAGGACAUGGAUGUUGGCAGUAACUCGGUGAAAACCUACAAGCUGAGCCCAAAUGAACACUUCUCUCUGGAUGUACAGAGCGGUGGAGAGCAGGUUUCUGCUGAGUUAGUGCUACAGAAAGCUUUAGAUCGUUAGAAACAGGCUGUUAUCAAGCUUGUGCUGACUGCCAUUCAUGGAGGAAAGCCAUCUAGAUCCGGGACAUUACAGAUUAUUGUCAACAUUAUUGAUAUAAACGAUCAUUCCCCAUCAGUCAGCAAACAACUCUACAAAGUUCAGAUUCUUGAGAAUGUCCCAAGUGGAACAACAAUUCUUAUUUUAAAUGCGACUGAUUUUGAUGAGGGUGUAAACGGAGAUAUAAUGUAUUCCUUAACCGCAAAGGGAGAUGCAAAACAUGCUGACCUAUUCUCCAUUGAUCCGCAGUCAGGAGUUAUCACCUCUAAAGGCAAAAUAGACUACGAGGAAAGUACUGCAUUUGAGAUCCGUGUACAGGCUAAGGACAGAGGGGUCCCUCCUCGUAGCACGCAGUGUAAAGUCUUAGUUGAAGUGCUUGAUGAGAAUGACAAUGCCCCUGAGAUAGCUUGGGGCACAGUGAAAGAGGACUCUCCAAUUGGCACUGUUGUCGCAUCCAUAACUGCAUUAGAUAAAGAUGGAGGUAGAAAAUGGACGUGUUUUGUGCGACAUAGUCGGAGAAGUUCCCUUUAAACUUCUCUCUACUUAUAAGAACUAUUAUUCUGUAGUAGUGGACGGACCUCUGAACAGAGAGAGUGCAUCGCAGUGCAAUGUCACCAUCAUUGCUAAAGAUGAGGGAACCCCUCCUCUCUCCAGUACUAGAGUUAUAACAGUAGACAUCUCUGAUGUGAAUGACAACCAACCUCACUUUUUAGAACCCAAAAUAAACGUGUUUCUAAAGGAGAAUAGUCCUGUGGGAGGUUUAAUUGCAAGCUUGACCGCAAUUGACCCCGAUGUCAAUGAGAAUGGUCAAGUUAUUAAAUGUUAGAAACUAGCAACAACCUUCCUAUGUCUACAAUGAUAAACAUAAACUAUUUAACUGGUGAGAUAUAUAGCAUGCAGUCAUUUAACUAUGAAGAAGUGAAAAAGUUCCAGUUCAAAGUUCAGGCCACAGACUCUGGUGUUCCUCCUCUAAGCAGCAACGUUACUGUCAACGUUUUUAUCCUGGAUGAGAAUGACAACAGUCCUGUGAUUCUCCCGCCCUAUUCUGACCACGGCUCCGUUAAUUCUGAGAACAUUCCCUAUUCUGCUGAAGCGGGCUACUUUGUGGCCAAGAUCAGGGCUGUAGACGCUGACUCUGGAUAUAAUGCACUGCUUUCUUAUCACAUCUCUGAACCAAAGGGUACCAAUCUAUUCAGAAUUGGAACCAGCAACGGAGAAAUAAGGACUAAGAGACGCAUGAGUGACAAUGACUUAAAAACUCACCUGUUGGUCAUUCUGGUGUCUGAUAAUGGAGAACCUUCCCUGUCUGUGACUGUGUCUAUUGAUGUUGUGGUCGUUGAAAGUACAGGUGACAUGCAGACAACUUUCAGACAACUGCCUGUAAAGGAGGAGAGUUUCUCAGAUUUAAAUAUGUAUCUGCUCGUCGCCAUUGUGUCAGUAUCAGUGAUAUUUCUACUGAGCCUCAUAAGUUUAAUAGUUGUAAAAUGCCACAGGACAGACGGCAGUUUCAGCAGAUACAACGCUCCAAUGAUCACCACACACCCUGACGGGAGCUGGUCUUACUCCAAAUCUACUCAGCAGUAUGACGUCUGCUUUAGCUCUUGACACGCUGAAGAGUGACAUAGUAGUUUUCCCCACGCCAUUUCCACCUGCUGAUAGUGAGCUGAUCAGUAUUAAUGGAGGGGACACUUUUCAAAGAACAAGAAUGCUUCCGAGCACAGAGAAGGUAAGGAGAACUGUUCAUGAUAUGGAAUGUUUUUGUCACGUUGUAUUUUAUUUUAUUGGCAUUAUUAUCUUGUGUGCAGGUUAUAUUUGCCUAAUUCCCGAAAUUCAGUUUGUUGUAACUUACAUAGACGGUUCCAAUUGUAUGGGUACGGUUUAGGAUAAGUAGAAUUCGACAAUUCUCCUCUAAAUUAAUGCAGAAUUUAGCGUUACAAUUCAGCACCACGGACAGCGACAUAAGGCUUCUUGCUUUGAUUUGUGUCAGUCUCAUUCUUGCUCACGUUUUCUCAAUUAGAUUGCAGCAAUGUUGUUUCAUAUUCUCCUAUAACAGAUUAUUCUGUGGAUCUGUCAAAUUAGUCUAGUUUUUAGUUGUUUAUGGUUGAAGCAAUAACUGGUAAAGUCAUUUAAAUGUAUCUGCACACCACAAAGUAUUUAGCUGUUGAGUUCGACUACUGGUUAUCAGCUGUUUGUCAUAUUUAGGGCUAAGCAAUAAAUUACAUUUGAGAGGAUCAUGCAAAGCGUUGUUCAUUUGAUGAUCUUUUUUUUUGUAGGCACUCUUCGUGAAAGAUACCAACAUCUUGUAUAACUAAGAAAUCACAUCUGUAUACAUUUUAAGAGCACAGUAAAAGCACUUGGUGUCGCUGUAGACCGUGACUAUAUUCAGUUGAUAACUAUUUGGGCCACUCCUUCCUCUCUUCACUUCCACUGAUGAGGCAGGUACAGUCAAGCGAGUUGGUGAGAUGAGAACGCACUCGAGAUAGGCCUGUACGUUGACACAACCGUUGUAUACUAAUAGAGAGAUUGUUCUUAUAUAAAAACGAUGUUUAGCAAUAUUAUCAAUCUAUCGUAACCAACUCAAAGAAGAAUCAUAAGGUCUAUGUAUAACAAUGGACCAUUCCGUACAUUGUGGAUAUUUUUGGAUUCGGAUUAUGCUGUUUCUUUGUUUAUGGGAUAUAUCUUCCGGUCAGAUUGUCUAUUCUGUUUUAGAGGAGGUGAACAAGGGAACCGUUGUUGGGAAUAUAGCCAAGGAUCUCAAUCUCAAUGUUCAGGAACUGGAGUCACGUAUGUUUCAGAUUGUAUCCGGAUCCAACAAGAAGUAUUUUGAUGUAAAUCCAAGAACUGGUGUUCUAUACGUGAAUGAGAUAAUCGACCGCGAGGAGCUUUGUGAGACCAAUGUGAAGUGUUCUUUGAAUGUGCAGGCCAUUGCGCACAAUCCUCUAAAUGUUUUUCGUGUUGAAAUAGAGAUAUUGGAUACAAAUGACAAUGUACCUUGUUUCUUAGAAAAUUCUCUAACAUUAAAUAUUUCCGAAAACGCUGCUGAGGGAGAGCGAUUUCUUCUGCCAGUGGCUGAGGAUGUGGAUGGGGGCAGUAACUCUAUGAAAACCUACAAGCUGAGUCCAAAUGAACAUUUUUCUCUGGAUGUACAGAGCGGUGGAGAGCAGAGUGUGUCUGCUGAGUUAGUGUUACAAAAGGCUUUAGACCGAGAGAUACAGGCUGUGAUCAAGCUCAUACUAACUGCUGUUGAUGGAGGAAAACCUCCCAGAUCUGGGACAUUACAGAUCAUAGUACAUGUAUUCGAUACUAAUGACAAUACUCCCAUUUUCAGCAAACCGCUUUACAAAGUGAAAGUUGCGGAGAAUGUUUCAAUUGGAACCAAAAUAAUAACUCUCACGGCAUCAGAUUUGGAUGAGGGUAUUAACAGUGACAUUCUUUACUCUUUUGUUGGCAACAGGAAUGCAAAAGGAUCUAGUAUGUUUGCUAUUGACCCGCAUACUGGGGAUGUAUCUGUGAAAGGCAAUGUCGACUAUGAAGAAAACGUUGGGAUUGAGUUGCGAGUCCAGGCUGCAGACCAAGGCCAACCUCCAAAAACGACACAUUGUAAAGUGUUAGUGGAAGUAGUCGAUAUAAAUGACAAUGCUCCAGAGAUAGCAAUAACAUCACUCAUGAGCACAGUAAGAGAGGAUGCCAAGUCUGGCGCUGCUGUUGCUUUAGUAACGCUGUCAGAUAAAGAUGGGGGUAAAAAUGGAAUUGUGAAUUGUCAGAUAAGCGGUACUGUUCCUUUCAAACUGCAGUUUUCUUAUAAAAAUCACUACUCUUUAGUUGUAGACGGGCCUCUGGACAGAGAGAAAUGUUCUCAGUACAAUAUCACUAUUAUUGCUAUGGAUGAGGGGACCCCACCUCUCUCCAUCACCAGUGUUGUUACAGUACACAUUUCUGAUGUGAAUGACAACCCACCCCGUUUUCCAGAACAUCUUAUUAACAUUUAUUUAAAGGAGAAUAGUCCAGCGGGAGGUCUGAUGGUUAGUGUAAAUGCGUAUGAUCCAGAUGAAAUGGGAAACGCGCAUGUAUCAUAUUAUCUUUCGGAAAGUAAAAGUGAUAAUAUAUCGCCCUCGACAAUAGUCAACAUUAACACUAUAACUGGUGAAAUAUACAGCAUGCAGUCAUUUAACUAUGAAGAAGUAAAACGGUUCAAAUUUCAAGUUCAGGCCACAGACUCUGGUGUUCCUCCACUAAGCAGCAACGUCACUGUCAACGUUUUUAUCCUGGAUGAGAAUGACAACAGUCCUGUGAUUCUCCCGCCCUAUUCUGACCACGGCUCCGUUAAUUCUGAGAACAUUCCCUAUUCUGCUGAAGCGGGCUACUUUGUGGCCAAGAUCAGGGCUGUAGACGCAGACUCUGGUUAUAAUGCGCUGCUUUCUUAUCACAUCUCUGAACCAAAGGAUACCAAUCUAUUCAGAAUUGGAACCAGCAACGGAGAAAUAAGGACUAAGAGACGCAUGAGUGACAAUGACCUAAAAACUCACCCGUUGGUCAUUCUGGUGUCUGAUAAUGGAGAACCUUCCCUGUCUGCGUCUGUGUCUAUUGAUGUUGUGGUCGUUGAAAGUACAGGUGACAUGAAGACAACUUUCAGACAACUGCCUGUAAAGGAGGAGAGUUUCUCAGAUUUAAAUCUGUAUCUGCUCAUCGCCAUUGUGUCAGUUUCAGUGAUAUUUAUACUGAGCCUCAUCAGUUUAAUAGUUGUAAAAUGCCACCGGACAGACGGCAGUUUCAGCAGGUACAGCGCCCCAAUGAUCACCACACAUCCUGACGGGAGCUGGUCUUACUCCAAAUCUACACAGCAGUAUGACGUGUGUUUUAGCUCCGACACACUGAAGAGUGACGUGGUAGUUUUCCCCACGCCGUUUCCACCUGCUGAUGGUGAACUGAUCAGUAUCAAUGAAGGGGAUACCUUUCAAAGGACACGGAUGCUUCCCAACACUGAGAAGGUAAGACCAUAUUUUUAUUUCACCAACGAUUCGAAUUUUUCUUUAAAGUGUUAGUGCAGAGCUCGUGAAACCUGCAGAGAGUCGAGCUUUGGUGAUUUCAGCACCACGCUAGUGGACAGCGAAGUCGCGGCGAGCAGUGGACAUUGUUGUUCUUUCUUUAAUAUUUUCAUCUUUGAGGGGUUGUGUAUAAUCUCUCGGCUUUAAAUUAACCUUAAAUUGCGGCACCUUUCUCUUUUAGAACUGGAAUUAAUGGGCACACUAUAUUAAGCAUCAGUUGUCUCAUAGUCUUUUUUCUACAUUAUUAAAUUAAGGAUUUUUAUUUUUCUUAACUUCCUUAGUGCUUCAUUUUGCGAACUGCCUAAAUGUUGUGACACAUCUCCUUUUGCAAUUUAUUCAUCCAUAUGCAUAUAUCUUCGGUUGCUCUUGUUUCUUUUUCAACUACUAAUAACUAUAUCGGUAGCCUGUAUGAUAACUAUCUCAAUUGUUGUGCCAUUGAUGAGUCAAAGUGGCAGGUGGUCUCUAAAUUAUAUAGAGUAAACCACGAGUGAAAUAAGUUGGGGUACUAUUUGCCUGCACUUGCAUUGGAGCAUAUUGUUUUUCUUAGGCUAUUAAACAAUUUUAUUUCAGGCAAAGAAAUGAUGCAUACAUAGGUCAUGUGCUUAUUUCUCAUUGAGCAGUGUCAUGUCCAUUUAGUAAGCAAAACACAGGGUGUCGCUGUAGACCGUGGAUAUGAACCCUUGAUUUAAUUAUAUAGGGCCCCUCCUUCUGUGCCUAUCAGUCGGUGUUGUGCAGGCUUUUGUCAGAAUAACAGAGCCAGUUUCCAUUUGAAACGACAGUUCUUUCGUGAGAGGAUAUGAUGUGGUUGUUUUCUGAAAUAUUUGCCUUGGUAUCUUCAUGAUUUUCUCAUAGAAUACGGAAAGUGUGGGAUUACCGUGGAUAUAAAGAUGGGCCAUUCCGUGCAUUGUGGAUAUUGUUGGAUUAUGGUUGUGCAGCUUCUUUGUUUCUGGGAUUUAUCUUCCGGUCAGAUUGUCUAUUCUGUCUCAGAGGAGGUGAACAAGGGAACCGUUGUUGGGAAUAUAGCCAAGGACCUCAAUCUCAAUGUUCAGGAACUGGAGUCUCGUAUGUUUCAGUUUGUAUCCGGAUCUAACAAGAAGUAUUUCGAUAUGAAUUUAAAGACCGGUGCUCUGUUUGUGAAGGAAAGAAUCGAUCGAGAGGAGCUUUGUAUGACCAGUCAAAAAUGCUCUCUAAACUUGGAGGCCAUUGCACAGAACCCUCUCAACAUGUAUCGUUUAGAGAUACAAGUAUUAGAUAUAAAUGAUAACGCACCUUCAUUUCGUAAUAGUGAUCAUACAAUAAAUAUUACAGAAUCUACCUCUCCAGGUGAAAGAUAUCCCCUACCAAGGGCUAAUGAUGCUGAUAUAGGCAGUAACUCUGUUAAAACCUACAAACUGAGCCCAAAUGAGCACUUCUCUCUGGAUGUACAAAGCGGUGAGAAAAGUGUGUCUGCUGACUUAGUGCUACAGAAAGCUUUAGACCGAGAGAAACAGGAGGUAUUAGUGCUCCUUCUGACUGGUGUUGAUGGAGGAAAACCUCCACGAUCCGGGACCUUAAAUAUACUUAUUAAUGUGAUAGAUGUAAACGAUAAUAGCCCGGCCUUUAGCAAACACUUGUAUAAAAUAAGUAUAUCUGAGAACGUCCCUAUUGGCACACCUAUAAUAAAAAUUAACGCAACUGAUGUGGACUCAGGAGUAAAUGGGGAAAUAGUUUAUUCUUUGAUAGGCCACGGGGAGGAAAACGCACUGGACUUUUUUCAAAUAAACUCAGUCACUGGUGAAAUUACAGUUAAAGGAACAAUUGAUUACGAAGAGCAUGCUGCGUUUGAGCUACACGUACAGGCCAAAGACAGGAGUUCUAGUCCCCGUGCAACACACUGUAAAGUCCUGAUAGAAGUGAUGGAUGUCAAUGACAAUUCCCCAGAAAUAUUAGUGACUUCAAUGAUGAAUGCAGUUAGAGAGGAUGCAAAAUCAGGUAAAGCAGUUGGUCUAAUAACAGUAUCUGAUAAAGAUGGGGGUGUAAAUGGAAAAGUACACUGUCAAAUAGUAGGCUCUGUUCCCUUCAAAUUGCAGUCCUCCUAUAAGAACUAUUACUCAUUAGUAGUAGAUGGAUCUCUAGAUAGAGAGAGUGGAUCCCAGUACAAUGUGACCGUUAUAGCUACAGAUGAAGGCAUCCCACCUCUCUCCAGUACCACUGUCAUUACUGUUUAUGUCGCUGACGUGAAUGACAACGCCCCUCGCUUUUCAGAACCCAUAAUUAAUGUAUAUCUGAAGGAGAAUAGUCCCGUUGGAGGGCUUAUUGUCAGCUUGACUGCGCAUGAUCCAGAUAUGA